GAGGUUUACAAGCACUUUAAAUAUCCAGUGCUGCCCAUAGCAGGGACGGACUGACCAUUUGGAAACUCGGGCCCCAUGAGAUGCCCCCGGUACCUUUUUUUUGAGUUUGGGCAAGGACACAGGGGCCCCAUGAUCCCUAUUGCCCGGGGGCCCCAUGAGUUGUCAGUCCGCCCCUGGCCCAUACUGGCAGUGCUGGUUGUCAGAAUACAAUAGCCACAGUAGGAAAUUUGUCCAUCCGUGUUGUUUAAU